GUUCUCAUACUGGAGAAAUAAUUGCUGAUAAAAUAUAUAAUUUGCUUGAAGAAUUUAAUGUUGAAACUAAAGUUAUUGGAUUAACUACUGAUAAUAGUGCUAAUAUGAUUUUUGCUGCAAAUUAUUUACAAGAUAAGUUAAUUUUAAAUAAUUUUUGUCAUAUAGAUGCAUAG